UACUACGAUAUUCAAGUUAAUCAUAGUUUCACUUCGUAUCAACUAGCAUUCCCCCUUAAGAUUUUACUCUCGUUCCUUAUUCGAAAGUUACAGUACUUAAUAUACGAAUAAUUUGUUGAACUUUGAAAAAUUGAAAAAUAUGUCUGUUGCAGAACAAUCAGUUUCAGAACAUGAAGUUAUCGUGCCACCGAGUUUGCCAUUAAUUCUGAAGGAAUUUUGCAAGGCGGCUAUUCGAACGCAACCGUACGAUUUACUUCGAUGGUCUAGCUCGUAUUUUCAAGCGUUGGCCAAUGGUGAGGAACCACCGACGAAAUUAAGAUUGGAGUAUCCACCACCGAAUACCGCUUCCGGUUUGACUCUCGGUUUUCUGAGGAUUUUACUUCGUCAAUUUGGAGAUUACAAUAAAACGUUACCUGUGGAAACGAUACUAAGGCUAUGGGACUGCUUGUGUUUGGAUCGUCGGGAUCUAAAUUUGAUCUUGAUGAUCGGGAAAUUUCGACGAAAAUGCCAAGUGAAAAAAUUCUUGGCAAUCGCUGUUGGACUUUUAGGUUCCAGCCUCUUUGAAACAAUGACUAUGAUUUGCGAGUUAUUCACUCACGAACCUGAUGGCGGAUCUGCUAUGGUUCCAGUUACAUUCUUUCUGGAGAUAUAUGGAUAUUUAGCUGGACUUUGUUGUGACGGGAGCGAAAGAGAUCCUGGCGACGAGGAUCCGACAGAAUUCAUUAUAUACGAUUCUGAAUACUCAGAAAAUCAAGAAUCGAGCAAAAGAAAAUUUUCUAUAGAUCGGGUUUGUUCAGCUACGAGCCAAGACACGGAAGCUGACGCGAAUUUAGACUUAGAAUUGGUAUCAAGAAAGGACAUAGACUCUUCGAGAAGUACAUUCUUACCAGAAAUUAUUAUUUCGUUCGCACAUUUGUUACAUAAUCUACAAAAAUAUUCUUCUACAGCUGAUAUAACGCCGCAGUUAAGCGAAAGUUACGCUAGCCAGAAGAAGAUGGUUGAAGAUGAAGCGAAACAAGAUUUCUCUAGCAAAGAAACUUCACAAAUAGAACCUAACGAGAUAUCCGCUAGCAAUGUCGAGUCAAGCAAGAGACCGGGAUCUAAUGGACAAAAGUUGAAAGGUGAAAAUACAUCUGCAAAAAGUGUGACUAGUAGUACUUCGGCAGAAAGUUAUAGCGAGAAACAGAGCAUACGAAGUACGGAAGAUAGGGUUGAAAGGAAAAAGAAGAAGAAGGUUAUAGACGCAAAAUUGCUCAAGUAUUAUCCGAAUGUUCCUGGUAUUGGAUCUCGUCUAUCAGCUGAAGAGGUAGCUAGUGUCGCAAUAUGGUUGAGCGAAUGCGCAAGAGUACAAGAAGGCAUGGUUGGCCCGCGAAAUCUCCGGCAUAUGAAUUGUCCUCCUUUAGACAAACAAGAGAUAUCGGAGUCAUGACAAGACGCAAUAUGAUUGUGACAUGAAUCUGCGAAAGUUUUCUAAAUACUAAAUAUAUGGCACUAGCGAGUGAAAACAAUUAGAAAUAUUCAAAAGUAGCAUUAUUUAAAGCAAAUUUUAGAUUUAUAUCUUUUAUGCUUCGAUUUUAGGGCGCUUGUGUUUACACGAAAGUACACAAAACAUCCAUACAUGCUAUUGUACAAUAAAAAGCAAGGAAUACAAGAAAUCGUUUUGUAUGAAUUUGUUACGACUUCAAAAGCGUAUGUGUAUAAAUAACAUGUUAUACCUACUUGACUAAAAUUUUAUUGAGGAAAUGGGAAAUGUUAGACGUUUAGAAACGGUACGAGUGAAGUAACAAAAUGAAA